AUGCUCGAUUUAAUCUUGUCCUGUCUGUCACCAUCUGGAUCUGCUCAGGUACUCACAGAAAAGACAUAUGUUUGUCAACGACAAGCUGUCCAUUUUGCGGCUAUUUGCGGCCAGCCAUGUCAAUUCAAUGUUUUGAUGAAACACGGAACACCAUGCAAUGAGUUUGAUAGAUCGAAACAGGCUCCCAUACACUACCUCGUCGAACGAAACAAUGUUCUUAUGGUAUGCACAUUCUUGCAAACGCGAAUGAAAGCUCUAGAACGAAUAAUGGCGACCUGGCUCAAGGCGAUUUGUGCAGGCAAGCUUCAACUUGGUUGCGCUGCAAGCUCGCUUCAUUGUAUUCGCUUCCUUCCACCAGGCGGACCAGGCAGUGGAAUAGAUCAAUCGAACGAUGAUGUAACAUUUAGUUUUUACACUUAA